AUGGCUAAGAAGGGAGUUCACGGUUCCAGCUUGUGGAAUUUUGCAGAGGAGCACCUGACGUGUUCAAUAUGCUAUAAUCUCUUCGACACUCCAAAGACUCUCGCUUGUUUACAUAGCUUCUGCGAGAAUUGCCUUCUGCAGUAUCAUGACGGCUAUUCAGAAGAACUCCUGUGUCCAGUGUGUCGACAGGCGGAUUCAACUGCGCUGGGAGGGGUGGAAAGCCUAACUACCGAUUUCAAGCUCGUGAACAUGGUGGAAGCGGUGCGGCAAGAGGAUAAGCAAACGGCCCCAUUUUGUUCCGAACACGCUGGAAAACCCUGUAGAGCUUACUGUCAGACUUGCGAAGAGUUGUUGUGUCUGAACUGCCUGGCAGAGAGCGACGACCACAGCGAGCAUGUCUUAGAAGAGGUCAGAGAGGUGGUGGAUGGGAAAAGACAGGCCGUCAAAGACCACAUGCCGCAAUACCAGACUUUCAUGAAAGACAUCGCGGUUGCUCUGAAUCAAACCGACACACUGGAACAAGACUUCGAUUUGGCACUGGACAAAACCAGAAAGGAGGUACAGCAUAAAGCUGAGAUGGAGAUUGCGAAAGUGAAUGCCGCCAAGAAUAUACUCCUCGAUGAACUCCAACAAAUCCAAUCAAAGAGAAAGGAACGGUUCGCUGAGAACAAACUAGAACUCACGGGUAUGAGAAACACUUUCCAGCAGAUUAUCGAUCACUCGACGGAUGCCAUGCAAGAGAUCAAUGACUAUGACUUCAUGAAAAGGUAUCAAAGGCUGAGCAAUGACUUUCAAUACCUUUCUAACAGUAGCCUUCCAAGUAUCGAUGCCAAUGCGUCAUUCUUGAAGUUUGAUCCUUCCACCAGGAGCCUUGAUUCGCUUCUCUUUUCUAGCCGGUGUUAUCGUCAGCGACGGGCCGGGUGCCGCACGUAUCGACUUUUCUCCCGGAAAGAGCAGGUGAACGUCUGCCCACACGCUCAGUUUCUGGUCAACAACCGUGUCCUCAAUAAGUAUGUGCCCUGGGCCUCUUGGGGACUCCUGAAUUUGCACCUCUGA